GACGAGAACGCCGAGAAUGUCGAGGAAGGCGGGAAUGCUGAGAAGCCGAAGCAGGAAGACGGUGGUGCCCCCGAGAACGGCCUGCUGGAGGACUUCUCAGACAGCUUUCCGAUCGGCACCUUCGUGCGAAUACGUCUGGAGGAUGUUCCCGCUGCCUGUGUCGCAGCGAUGCGUGGGGAGAGGCCACUGAUUCUUGGUGGCUUACUACCGGGUGAGUCCCGGAUGGGCCUGGUGCAGACCAGGAUCAAGCGACAUCGAUGGCAUCCGAAGCUGCUAAAGAGCUCCGACGCCCUGCUUCUGUCGGUUGGCUGGAGGCGUUUCCAGACUGUGCCGUGCUUCUCCCUGGAAGACCGUGGAGAGAAGCGCAUGCGCUACCUGAAGUACACGUUGGAGCAUGCCCACUGCACCAUGACCAGCUAUGGACCUAUGGUUCCACCCAAUACGGGAAUCCUCGCGUUCAGGAGCUGGGAGAAGGUUGGCCACUUCCGGGUGUGUGGCACUGGUGUCGUGAUGGAGGCAGCGCCGAACUUUGAGGUAAAGAAGAAGCUUAAGCUCGUGGGUGAGCCCUACAAGAUCUUCCGGAACACGGCCUUCGUGAAGAACAUGUUCAGCUCUGACCUGGAGGUGAACAAGUACAUGCAUGCCAAGAUCCAGACCGUGAGUGGCAUCCGGGGCGAAGUGAAGAAGGCCGAAGGUGUCAAAGGGCACUUCCGGGCUUCUUUCGAGGACAGAAUACUGAUGUCCGACCUCGUCGUCUGCAAGUGCUGGAUCACCGUGCCUUUCAAGCAGUUCUAUCAUCCCGUCAUUGACGUGCCGAACUGGCGCCCAGCACGGCUUAUUGGUGAGCUUCGAGCCUCACAAGGCAUACCUGUUCCGGACAAUCAAGACAGCCACUACGGGCGGCAGCUCGUGAGACCCGAGCGCCGCUUCAACGCGGUUCAAGUGCCGCGGAGCCUCCAGGCGUCGCUGCCUUUCAAGGCCAAGACCCGCUACUUGCCAAAGAGCCGCAAGACGGGCCUGGCCAAGAAGGCUGCAAUUGUUUCCAGCGAGAGGGAGAAGGCUGUGAACGCCCUCCUACACAGGUUAUACACCAUCCGCAAGGAGAAAGCGCGGGUUCGGCAAGAGGCCAGCAGCCGCAGAAAGAAGGCAAAGGAAGUAAAGGACAAGUUCAUUCAGGACAAGCGAGAUGCUCAUCAGAAAGAGUCGCGCAAGCUUCGGUACAAGAAGGAAGGACAGAAAGUCGCGCAGAAGCGAAAGGCCAUGAUGAUGGACUGA